CGGAUCGACCGACGGGAGGCCCGGGCGGCGAGCGAGCGAGCGGCCACGGGAGGAGCUCGAGCGUCGGCGGCGAGGCGGAGGAGGUUCUCCACAAGGCUUCCCUGCGUGGCUUUUUCCUUGCUUUCUGGGUCCGACUCUCAACGCCUGCAACAUGUCGGCGCAUGACCAGAUGCGUGCGAUGCUGGACCAGCUGAUGGGGACGUCCAGAAAUGGUGAUGACAACACAUACCGGCUGAAGUUCAGUGACCCAAAGGUGUGCAAGAGUUUCCUUCUUACCUGCUGUCCCCAUGAGAUCCUUUCCUCAACGCGAAUGGACUUGGGUGAGUGCCCCAAGGUCCAUGACUUGGCACUCCGAGCUGACUAUGAACAAGCAUCCAAAACAAAAGACUACUUUUAUGACAUUGAUGCCUUUUUUUUUUUGGGUUUUUUUUCUUUUCCUCAUGAUCGAAGGACAGAAUCGGCUAAGAAGAGGCUGGCAGAGACGCAGGAGGAACUAAGUGCUGAGGUUGCUGCCAAGGCUAACAAAGUCCAUGACCUUGCCGAACAGAUUGGUAAAAAGUUAGCAAAAGCCGAAGGUCUUGGUGCUGAUGGGAUGGUGGAGGAGAGUAUGAAGCUCAUGGAGGAAGUAGAAGAUCUUCGGAAACGCAAAGCAGCUGCAGAGCAGGAAUAUCGUAAUUCCAUGCCAGCUUCUAGCUACCAGCAGCAAAAACUGCGAGUGUGUGAGGUUUGCUCUGCCUACCUUGGCAUCCAUGACAAUGACAGACGGCUCGCUGAUCAUUUUGGCGGGAAGCUGCACUUGGGCUUUAUCAAGAUCAGAGAAAAGCUUGAGGAAUUGAAGAAAACGGUUGAAAGCCGAAGAGAGAAGAGAAGGGAGGAACGCGAGCUAGAACGCAAUGCUCGGUUUGGGGAAAUUGCUGACUAUGAUGUCACAAGGGAUCAUGAGAGAGAGAGAUACCGGGAUGUGGACCGAGAUAGGAGGGAUCGUUACCGUGACGAUGACAGAGAGAGAAGGCGCAGGAGGUCCAGGUCAAGAUCAAGGUCACGCGAGAGGCGUCGCCGAAGGUCCAGAUCUCGUGACCGAUAUUACAGGUCUCGCUCCCGAUCAAGGUCACGUGACCGCAGGAGGCAUUCAAGGAGCAGGGAAAGUUCAAGGCGAUCUCGUCGGUCAAGAUCCAGAGACCGCCAUACCCGUUCGCGGGAGAGGUCGCACUCUAGAGGGAGAACUUCACGAGAAAGAGUAUCCCGAGAUGUGGAGGAAGACAGAAAAUCCCGAGACAAAAUCAUAGAGGAACCUGAACCACCAGAGAGAAGGGAUGGAAGUCCAGAAAACGGAGAAAUCACAGAUGACAGGUCCAGAGAUGGCAUGGAGUGAGAUGAAAGCCGUGGAUUCUGGUACCAACGAAUUUGAAUUUACGCAAAUCAGCAGCCACUGAGUGUUAAAAAGCGUUACUAGAAUUUUUUUCCAUUUCUUUUUAAUCUCUACCAUACUAGGUUAUUUAUAUAAUUUAGCAUAAUUGCAUUCAGAUACCUCUCCUUACAGACAAAGAGAAGAAGAAAAUUUAAUAGUGCAAAAGAGAUAGAGGAAUGUAUCACAUAUUUUGUGUGUAAAUCUCUGUAUAUCUCUCUCUCUUCUUCAUCACUUUCAUCCAGAUAUCACCGACACUGCUGUCUUAAUUAUUUACCUGCAAAUAAAAAAAAAAAAGAAA